UUAAUUAACACUUAAGCCCCAUCUCAUUUAAGCACUUAAUUCCUGAAAUCCUCCAUAGAUUUAGCAGCUGGAUUGAACCGCAAGUUUCCAGCUGAGUCCUAUAACUAAGCUGUUCACGCGUCUAUCUUUACUUCUUUAGUGCUUCAUAUAUUUCUCAAGUCUCACUUCACAAUCUCCUCUUUCCCCUCCUUUAUCUGGUUUUUGUGAAUGUGAGAUAGACUUGGUUUUCUUAUUGAAAAAUGGCUGUACAUAGUGUUAAUCAUGAUUCUGCUGCUGCACCAGAAGCUAUUCUCGAGAACGUGUGGGCCAGCUUUAUUGGUGUUGAUGGAGGGAAUCAAGAAACAAGCAACACACCAGAAAUGUCGAAAUCAUGGGAAGAACUGCCUAGUCUUGAUGGGAGAGAAGGAUCAAUGGAAAUUCUUCAAAGGCUACCAAGUCUCGGUAGGUGGAUGUCAAUGGGAGCUGAGGCCUGGGAAGAGCUUCUCGACACUCACAUUAUUCCUUCUUGUGAUAUUGAAAAGUCUUGCAAUGAAAAAUUAGAGGGAAAUGAGGAUGCCAAACCGGAAGCGGAAGAGAAGGUUGAGAGAGUAGAGAAAGUGGCAACAAAGCAUUACCGCGGUGUUAGGAGACGGCCAUGGGGAAAAUAUGCAGCAGAAAUUCGAGACUCAUCAAGAAAAGGAGCUAGAGUUUGGCUUGGGACUUUCGAGACUGCUGAGGAGGCAGCUCUGGCAUAUGACAAAGCUGCUUUAAGAAUCAGAGGUACAAAAGCGCAUCUUAACUUCCCUUUUGAAACAGUUGCAAAGGCUAUGGGACUUGAGAAUUGCAGCUUCAACAAUAUUUGUUCCUCCACAACUUCUUCUCAGAAUGGUUUGAAUCCUCGUAAGAGAGGAGUGAGAGAGUGGGAAGAAAAUGUUGAGGUAAUGACUGGAGAACCUGCAUUAAAAAGAAACGCAAGCAUGGAAAAGAUGUUCGGAGAUGAGUUUGAUGUGUUUGAAUUCCAAGACCUGGGAACUGAUUACUUGGACAGUUUGCUCUCUUCAUUUUGACAAAAAAUGACCAGAUCGAGAUAAGUAGAAAACUUGUACACAAACGCGUAUAACGUUCUUAGCUGCCCUAUAGGUAGAUCUAGCAGUGUUUUCGUACUUAAUCAUAGAGGAAGA